ACCCUGCUACCACGCCGCCGCGGCCCAUCAUACAUCCGAGUUUUCCAGUUGAAACACCCCGACACCUCGACAGGCUUUGCACCACCUUACUUAUCCAGAGUAUGGCAAAGGCGGCGGACCCACCAUGUCAAGCUGAAGCUUGCGAGCUUCAAACGUGCCUCAACAAGAACACGUACAAGCCGGAGAAGUGCGAGGAGCACAUGCGCAACUUGUACAAGUGUUGUCAGGCGAUGUAUGAACAGACGGAUGGAAAGGGAGAGUCCACUGCUUGCCCAAUGCCAAGUGCGGUACAGCGAUGGCUGAAGAACCACGGAGGGACCGCCUCGUAGUUCGCUACACCCGUAAUACGUCUCCGCGAUACCUAUGAACCAAAUCUAUAUGGCCUAACAUAGCCCGGCCCCACUCACUGUACUCUCCUAAUCUGCAUAUGUACAUCGAUA